AUGUGUACAUCUAAAACCAUAGUUCUUGGUCUCUUCAUCGCAACACUCACAGCGUCUUGCAACGUCACAGCAAACCCACUUUUCCCCGCGAUUUUAAUCUUCGGCGACUCAACCGCAGACACAGGCAACAACAACUACCAUUCACAAGCCGUUUUCAAAGCUAACCAUCUCCCUUACGGAGUUGAUCUUCCCGGACACGAAGCCAACGGAAGAUUCUCUAACGGAAAGCUAAUCUCUGACGUCAUCGCCUCCAAUCUCAACAUCAAAGAGUUUGUUCCUCCGUUUCUACAACCGAACAUCUCCGACCAAGAUAUUGUCACCGGAGUCUGUUUUGCAUCCGCCGGUGCUGGAUACGAUGACCGGACCUCGCUAUCGAGCAAGGCCAUCCCCGUUUCACAACAACCAACCAUGUUCAAGAGUUACAUUGCUCGUCUCAAAGGCAUCGUAGGAGACAAGAAAGCCAUGGAGAUCAUCAACAACGCUUUAGUUGUCAUCAGCGCAGGUCCCAAUGAUUUCAUCUUGAACUUUUACGAUAUUCCCACGAGGCGUCUCGAGUAUCCUGAUAUCUAUAGUUACCAAGACUUUGUGCUCAAGAGAGUUGACGGAUUUGUUCGGGUAAUGUCUCAAAAUGCUUUUGUUUUCCUCUAG